AUGGCUUCAUCGAUCCCGCUUCGCAAACUCGGUGCAGAUGGUCCCGAAGUGCCUGCUUUGGGAUAUGGCAUGAUGGGUCUUUCUCAGCCCGUCUACGGCAGCGUCUCGAGCGAAGAAGACAAGUUCGCCAUGCUAGAUAGGGCUUACGAGCUAGGAGCCAGACAUUGGGACUCCUCUGAUCUCUACAACGACAACGAAGAGACGGUAGGAAAGUGGUUCAAGCGCACCGGAAAACGAUCCGACAUCUUCCUCGCCACGAAAUUUGGCUUCGUCAAAGGAAAAUUCCCUCAAUUGGAUAGUACCGGCGAGUAUGCGAAGAAAGCCUGUGAAGAGAGUCUGAGGCUGCUUGGUGUAGAGUAUAUCGAUCUCUACUACCUUCAUCAUCCGAAUCCAAAAACACCCAUCGAAGAUACGAUGAGAGGACUCAAAGAACUACAAGACCAAGACAAGAUUAAGUACAUCGGUCUCUCGUCCGUAUCAUCAAAGACUCUGCUUCGUGCCUCCAAGAUCGCAAAAGUUUCGGCUGUGCAAGUUGGAUACUCUGCCUUCGAACUCGACAUAGAAAAUGAAAAAGGCACAAAGCUUUUGGAGACUUGUCGAUCUUUGGGUAUUGCUGUCGUUGCGGCAAUGCCGCUUGGUCGUGGUAUCCUUACCUCUACGUUUGCUGACAACACACCACUGGAUCCAAAAGACAUGAGACCGGCUUUCAUGCCUAGAUUUCAAGAGGGCAAUAAAGAGAAGAACGUUGAGAUUGCCAAGCAAUGGAGACAACUGGCUGAGAGUAAAGGCUGUACAAGUGCCCAACUUGCCAUUGCAUGGUUGCUCAAGCAAGGUGAAGACAUCUUUGUCAUUCCUGGAACCAAAAAGAUCAAGUAUCUGGAAGACAACUGCGGAGCUGUCAAUGUUGACUUGACCGAUAAUGAUGUGAGGGAGAUCAGGAAGUUUGCAGAAACUUGUGAUAUUGCUGGAGGAUGCCUACCGCCGAACUUUGAGGGCUUCACCUUCUCUGAUACUGUUGAAGAGGGACAUGAGAAUUGA